CUGUACAGUUUCGAAUUCCGAUCACAAUUAGCUCAGAGAAUCGAGGGCCCUUUUUGCGUCGACCUUGCUUUCUCUGUGACCGUUUACUUUCAAAUCGGAUAAACGCCUUACCUGAGAUGUCUAGCUUAGGUCAAACACAGUUCCGCUACACGCAGACGCCGUCGAAGGUGGUCCACUUGCUGAAUCUUCUAUGGGAAUGCGUCGUAGAGGAGCUCAUCGACCUAUGCAAACGAUUCGGCAAGAUCGUCAAUACCAAGAGCAAUGUCGGCGGCAAUCGCAACCAAGCCUUUGUCGAAUUUAGCCCGCACAAAUCGGCACGAGAUAGUAAACAAUCAGAGUCCUGGAGAUGUCCCUGGAAAUGUGCUGGUGGUUACCUUCGAGGGAGUGGAAUCUCAUGAAGUGAGCAUCGAUGUGAUCCAUCUGGCGCUAGUUCAAUUUAGUGAUGUGGAGACUGCAUCAGCGGCAAUGAAUGCGCUGGAUGGCAGAAGUAUACCCAGGCAUGCUCAAACUCUUUAUGCAUCAUGCCCUUUGACCCAUGUGGAUUACACAAAUCCAUACCUUCCAGUGAAUCAUACCGCAAUGGACGGGUCUAUGCAGCCUGCCUUGGGUGCUGAUGGAAAGAAGGUAGAAACUCAGAGCAACGUCCUGCUCGCUCUGAUUGAGAAUAUGCAGUAUGCUGUCACUGUGGAUGUUCUUCACACGGUGUUUUCCGCUUAUGGAACUGUCCAGAAGAUUGCUAUAUUUGAGAAGAAUGGUUCAACACAAGCCUUAAUUCAAUACUCUGAUAUAGCAACGGCGACAAUAGCGAAAGAAGCAGUGGACGGACACUGUAUAUAUAUGACGGUGGCUACUGUAAUCUACGUCCUCAAGCCACCUCCAUACUCUCUGGUAUGA